AUGGAUAGAGAUGAUAUUAAUGAAGAUAAAAGUGAAGAUGAUGAAAAUGAUGAAACAGUUGCUUUCUUUACUUCCAAACUACAAGUUCCAAAAAUAAUCUAUACAACUGUUUUUGUAGAAUACCCAGAAACCUUACUGGAGGAAGUCAACAAUAUACAAUGUCACUGGUUGGAAGAAUCACAUGGAUGCUUUUUCAGAUGUGGUUCUUCAAAUAUUAAGGAGUGUCCUUUUUUUGGUAGAAUAUCAAUUAAAAAGAUAAAAGAAUGUGCCAGGGCAUUAAUUACUGAUCAAGAAUUUGUCAACCAAGAGCAUUGUAGCAUUGAUUUUGAUUCUGAAACUUUUAAAAAGUACACACAACAGCAAGACAUUAAUUCCAAAGAAGCCAAAACAUACAUUUUAUUUUUGGCAGUAAAUGAAUCUUCUUACCCUUUUAAAAAAGAGAAUAUAUCUUAUGAUGGAAGAGCUCGUAUUGGAAGAUGACUAAUUAUCAAACUCAAAUAGUUUACAUAUUUUAUUGAUAAAUUCAAACAGGGUGAUCAAUGGUAUCGAUUUAUUAAAAUUAAACCAGAAGAAAUAGAUAUUUCACUUCCCCAAAAUCUAUUUUCUGGUACUGCACCUG